GUCUGUAGCAGUGUUCACAGGUCCUACUUGCCAUUCAGAUAUCCCAGGAAUUUAACACAAGGAACCUGCUAGCGCGACACAACAAGCACCUUUUGAGUUAGAAACACGGCUUCCAAACAGAGGAGCUGCCGUAACAUUUGCUGGUUAUUGAAACAGGGGAGGUUCUGGAAAAAGCAGAAGCUACAGACUGCGGAGCAGCAUGCAGAUGUGAAGCCAGACAUCAGAGGCACUGAUCAUCAGCUCGGUUCUGGACAGGUGACAUCUUCAUCCUUUUUUUAACGUCCAUAUAAAUGCUUGUACAUGAGGAGAGGAGAGAAACCCGAAGGACACAGGCAGAUGAGACCCAAAACUUUCCCCACCAGCAACUACAGCGGUAACAGCCAGCAGAUGCUGCAGGAAAUCCGGAACAGCCUGCGGAAUUUGUCCAAACCCUCCGACCCUCCUAAAGCGGAGCCCGUAGGACAAGCAAAUAUGCUCCCAGAGGACCCCAGGCAUCAGGGGCGCACCAGCAACCCAAAACACUCCUACCAUAAGGCAUUACAGGAGAUUCGGAAGACCCUGGCGCCUUUUGAAGUGAAUGUUUCAUCUAGUAGUGAUUCUACCACUUCAGGCUCUGAUUUUAAGCAAAUAUCGCUGGAACCAAGUGCUGGGUUUGAGGAGCCCAGCAGCAGCAGCCGCCACGUUGCCUCAGACCAAAUGGUCAAGAUGAAUUACCAGGACUCCAGGGAGCAGAAGGCUGCGGCUAACAACUCUACAGGCCUAAAAGCACCAGGACCUUCUCACAAGCAGCAGGCUGUGCUGAGGAAGCUAAGUUGGAAGGGAUCGAAGGAGUCUCUGGCUCCUCGAUUGGGUCCUCUCAAGGUAGAAGGAAUAAUGUACCGUUCGGACAGCCCUGGACCACCUCCCGUUUACCCACAGGGCCCCUCUGCCAACAGCCAGAGAGUAAACCCUCCACUGCAUCCUCAGAUGCGCAGUGUCACACCUCCACCAAACCGUGGCGGCAUGCCGCCAACAUCCUCUCGGGAAAACAAUCCAUCCAAGCGCUACUCUGGGAACAUGGAGUACGUUGCUCAGCGGAUUUCUCCAGUUCCGCAGCCCGGCUGGCCUGAUGGUUAUCAGAAUCCGUCCCCCCAGAACCAGCGUGGGAUCAGCGCUUCAGGCCACCAGCCCAUCAUCAUGCAAAGCUCUGGUGGAAACAAGUUCACCUUCCCUUCCACUUGGACUCAAAAUGGUCCCACUCAGCCAGAGUACAUACAAGGCGGCAGCAGACAACUGCCUCCCCCUUACCCUGUAAACAGCCGGCAUAGCCCAACGGAGCAGGAGCAGGCUGCGGGACCCACAUCCUCUCCCUCUUAUCUAAAUGGUGGAAACAUCCCUUCGUCAAUGUUGGUUUCAGACCGAAACAGUCACAACCUUGAUAUGUACAACCUGGGUCCUCCACAGCUGUGGUCCCAGGCCCCUCUGUCCUCCAAUCAGCCACAGUCUGCAACCGGUAACAGUAGCAACCAGGACCUGUCCCCGUCGUGGCAACACAACAUGCCGGGUCGCUCCAAAUCUUUCAACAAGCACCAGAUCAACGGUAGCCCUGCUCAUUCAUCCGGCUCCCAGCCUUCUGCCACCACUGUCACUGCUAUCACGCAGGCUCCCAUCCUGCAGCCAGUGAAAAGCAUGCGUGUCCAGAAACCUGAACUACACACUGCUGUCGCUCCUACACACCCACCAUGGAUACAGCAGGUUACCCCAUCCCCGCCUGCACCCGCCUACCCCGAUCCCUCACCUGCUGUACCUCAGAUUGAAGUGCCCAGCUAUCAAGGCCCACCUCCACCGUAUCCUAAGCACCUUCUCCCCACGUCCUCCCCACCGGCAUAUGACUCUGCAGCCACAAAGCAUGGCACAGGCAGAGAGGAGGCUGCGGAGGAGAUCAGCAAUGGGGACAAGGCGGUGGAAAGCGCCGACAGCUCUGCAGCAACUGAGAAGGAGAGGAAGCAGAUCACUACGUCCCCCGUCCCAGUGCGUCGCAACAAGAAGGACGAGGAGCCCAGAGGGGAGUCGGGAAGAAUUAAUCUGUACUCUCCUCAGGCCUUCAAAUUCUUCAUGGAGCAGCAUGUGGAGAACAUCCUGAAGAAUCAUCAGAUGAGGAUCCGGAGGAGGAAGCAGCUAGAAAGUGAGAUGCAGAGGGUGGGUUUGACCUCAGAAGCUCAGGAGCAGAUGCGAAUGAUGCUCUGUCAGAAGGAAUCCAACUACAUCCGUCUUAAGCGUGCCAAAAUGGACAAGUCUAUGUUCAAACGGAUCAAGACGCUCGGCAUCGGAGCUUUUGGGGAGGUUUCCCUGGCGAGGAAAGAGGACACAGGGGCGCUGUACGCUAUGAAGACGCUUCGCAAGAAGGACGUGUUGCUGAGGAACCAAGUGGCUCACGUAAAGGCUGAGAGGGACAUCCUGGCCGAGGCUGACAACGAGUGGGUGGUGCGUCUUUACUACUCCUUCCAGGAUAAGGACAACUUGUACUUCGUCAUGGAGUACAUUCCAGGCGGUGACAUGAUGAGCCUCCUCAUUAGGCUCGGCAUCUUCCAGGAAGAGCUGGCUCAGUUCUACAUCGCAGAGCUCACCUGCGCUUUGGAAAGCGUGCACAAGAUGGGCUUCAUCCACAGAGACAUCAAGCCUGACAACAUCCUGAUAGACAGAGACGGACACAUAAAGCUGACGGACUUUGGCCUCUGCACUGGUUUCCGCUGGACCCACGACUCCAAGUAUUACCAGAGCGGGGAUCAUGUGAGGCAGGACAGCAUGGACUUCAGUAAGGAAUGGGAAGAUCCGGCCAACUGUCGCUGUUCCAAUCGCCUGAAACCCCUGGAGAGGAGGAAGGCCCGGCAGCACCAGCGUUGCCUGGCCCACUCCCUGGUGGGAACGCCUAACUAUAUUGCCCCAGAGGUUCUUCUCAGAACAGGAUACACCCAGCUGUGUGACUGGUGGAGUGUUGGUGUCAUCCUGUAUGAAAUGGUUGUUGGACAGCCUCCAUUCCUGGCAAACACACCCCUGGAGACGCAGAUGAAGGUGAUUAACUGGAAGAGCACGCUGCACAUCCCCCCUCAGUGCAAGCUCAGCCCAGAAGCCUCGGAUCUCAUAGUUAAACUGUGUCGUGGCCCAGAGGACCGCCUUGGGAAGAACGGCGCAGACGAGAUCAAAGCUCAUCCUUUCUUCAAGAGCGUCAACUUCUCCAGCGACCUACGACAGCAGGCGGCUCCCUACAUCCCCACCAUCGCUCACCCCACGGACACCUCCAACUUUGACCCCGUGGAGCCAGAAAAGCUGCGCAGAAGCGACGAUGAGAGCAACCACAACGACACUCUGAGCGGUUGGUUCCGCAACGGGAAGCACCCCGAGCACGCCUUUUAUGAAUUCACCUUCCGGCGCUUCUUCGACGACAACGGACACCCCUACAGCUGCCCCAAACCCAUCGAGUACGAGGGCUGCGACGAGGACGAGGCGGACGGCACGGAUCAGGAGAAACAGGGCAGAGACCUGGUUUAUGUGUAGUUCCUUAUAAACAGAUCUUUUAACGUGAGUGAAGGGAGGUUGCAAGAUAAAGCAUUUAAAACCUGUGAAAAUAGGAAGAAUAUGUCGGAGAAUUCGAACAAAGCAGCACAGUAGCAUUAAACUACAUUGAAAUGUACAAACGAAGAGCUAGCAGAACUUGAUAUCUAGAAAUGGAACUGACCUGGAGUCAGAAAAACUAAAAAGCAUGAUGACAGGAGGAAAGAUGUCUGAAAAGCUUUGAAAUGCCCAAUUAU